CUCACGUCGGGUAUAUAAAAGCCACUGCCAGCAGCUGUGACCAUGGGCAGCUCCACUGUGACAUCAAAGGGUCCAGGAGGGACAAGGCAGGGUUUCCAUCUGGGACACAGGCUGUGAAGGCAGGUGCUCCUGGAGCUGGGACCCACGGCAGUGCUGCAGCAGGAGCCUCUUCUCCUUUCUUUGCAAACACCUUUCCGUGCAUAAACACUUUCCAGCCUGCAUUGUCACCCCGAGAAGCCGAGUUUGGGCAGGAACAGGAGGUCCUUGAAGAUGCUGGGUCAGGAGAUGCCACACUUCUGGUGUCUCAUCCUUCUUGGGGGCCUCCUGCCCUCCUCCCAGGGCCUCCUCAACCUGCUGAACCCAAAGCAAGCCACAGGUGGUCUGCUUGGUACUGGUCUCAUCGGUGGAAAAGGCGGAUUGCUUGGCACAGGUGUUCUUGGUGAAGCUGGGCUGCUUGGCACCGGCCUCCUGGGCAAGGGAAGUCCAAGUGGAGCAGAAAGCGGAGCUCCCCUUGAAGCAGGAAAUGAACCCAGCAGAUCUGGGGUCCUUGGCACAGGCCUCCUAGGAGGACAAGCUGGCAGCAGCGGUCUGCUUGGCACAGGCAUCCCUGGUGGAAAAGGACUUGGCACAGGCAUCCUUGGUGGAGAAGGACUUGGCACAGGCAUCCUUGGUGGAGAAGGACUUGGCACAGGCAUCCUUGGUGGGGAAGGACUUGGCACAGGGAUCCUUGGUGGGGAAGGCCUUGGCAAUGGCCUCCUUGGCAACGGCCUCCUUGGCAAUGGCCUCCUCGGCAAUAACAGCCUUCUUGGAGAUAAAGGUCUGCUUGGCACAGGGCUGCUUGGGAAAGGAGGUCUCCUAGGCAACGGAAGUCUACUUGGUCUUGAUGGUCUUCUGGGUGAAGCAGGAGGACUUCUGGGUGCAGGAGGCCUGCUGGGUGGUGGAACCUCUGAGAGGAUAUCACGCUAUGCCUGGUUGAAGGUGCUGAACCUCGAGAACGCCCGAGUGUCAUGGAAGGUCCUUCAUGGGACUGAACUGGUGCUGAACCUGUACUCGAAGCUGGUGCUCCGCUUUCCAGGGAUUUUUAACUUUCUGAGUGGAUCCUCGGUAGAAACGAACAUCACGUCACACAUCGCCGUGACCCAGGACACCCCCGGGGACCUCAAGCUGGUGAUUAAGGAUUGCAAGAACCUGCUUGGUGGCUUCAGUGUCAACCUGCGGAAGGGCCUCCUCACCAACCUGGUGAGCAGCUUGCUGAACUCUACUCUCAAGACCCUUGUCCCUGCGCUACUCUGCCCGUUAGUGAACAUCUGGGUCAGCAUCAUCAACAUGAAACUACAAUUCCUCAACCGCGUCGUCUCCUUCGGGCUCCUGGGGAAAAUCUACUCUGCCCUCUCCAAACUGCCGGUGACGUCCGGGCAUUUCGUGGAGCUGGAUCUGCAGAACUCCCCAUUCCCAAGCACCUUCAUCGACUGGCUCCUCCAGACCGCAGGUGUCGAUCCUGGGAGCAAUCCAUAGCCACAGGCUGGAAGUACGUGGGUAAGGAGGAUUUGCUGCCUGGGGACCUGGCUCAGGGCUCUGCUGCCA